UCAUUUACCUCGGACUUGUUUCAGCAUUCGGAGUGUCAAUUUUGUUUAUAAUUCAAUUUCGUCCUGCUAUAUGAAUAAAAAUAUUGCUGGAAUUAUAGUUUUAACUGAGUUUGGUGCUUAAAGUUGUACUGACAUUACAGCAACUAAUAUAUUGAUUUAGAUAUUUGGUAUCCGGCAAAAUGUCAAUAGAAAUCGAAUCCGCUGACGUCAUCCGUCUGAUCCAGCAGUAUCUCAAAGAAUCGAAUCUACACAAAACAUUACAGACAUUGCAAGAGGAGACCGGUGUUUCGUUGAACACGGUCGACAGCGUGGAAGGGUUCGUAUCCGAUAUUCACAAUGGACAUUGGGAUACGGUACUAAAAGCAAUCCAAUCGCUGAAGCUACCGGACAAAAAGUUGAUCGAUCUUUACGAACAAGUGGUGUUGGAACUGAUUGAACUGAGAGAACUGGGAGCGGCACGGUCACUUUUGCGACAAACGGAUCCAAUGAUAAUGCUAAAACAGCAAGAAGCGGAAAGGUACAUUCAUUUGGAAAACAUGCUGCAACGAGCCUAUUUUGACCCACGGGAAGCUUAUCCGGAAGGUGGCAGUAAGGAAAAGCGAAGAGCUGCAAUUGCUACUGCAUUGGCGGGUGAAGUGUCCGUGGUUCCAUCGUCCAGAUUGCUUGCCCUGUUGGGACAAGCGCUCAAAUGGCAACAACAUCAAGGGUUACUUCCACCCGGAACCACAAUCGAUUUGUUCCGCGGUAAAGCGGCCAUAAGGGAUCAGGAAGAUGAAAUGUACCCUACCCAACUUGCACGUCAAAUUAAAUUCGGUCAAAAAAGCCACGUCGAGUGUGCCCUGUUUUCUCCGGACGGUCAGUAUUUAAUCACCGGAAGUGUCGAUGGUUUUAUAGAGGUAUGGAAUUUUACGACCGGUAAAAUUCGUAAAGAUUUAAAAUAUCAGGCUCAGGAUAAUUUCAUGAUGAUGGAGCAAGCGGUGCUGGCGAUGUCCUUCUCAAGGGAUUCGGAAAUGCUCGCUACCGGGUCGCAAGAUGGUCAAAUCAAGGUCUGGAAGUUGAUCACCGGUCAGUGUCUGCGACGGUUCGAAAAAGCGCACACCAAAGGUGUGACUUGCUUACAGUUUUCACGUGACAAUAGUCAAAUUCUGACGGCUUCGUUCGACCACUUGAUUCGCCUUUACGGACUGAAAUCCGGUAAAAUGUUGAAAGAAUUCCGUGGUCACUCUUCCUUCGUAAACGAAGCGGUAUUUUCACCGGAUGGACACAACGUACUGAGCGCAUCAUCCGAUGGUUCGGUCAAAAUUUGGUCACUCAAAACGACCGAAUGUGUUUCUACGUUUAAAGCAUUGGGCAGCGAUUUGGCCGUCAACUCGGUUCUAAUGCUUCCGAAAAACCCAGAACAUUUCGUAGUCUGUAAUCGUUCCAACACCGUCGUCAUAAUGAACAUGCAGGGUCAAAUUGUGCGCUCAUUCUCGUCCGGUAAACGAGAAGGAGGUUCGUUCAUCUGCGCCACUAUUUCUCCGCGGGGAGAGUACAUCUACUGUGCCGGCGAGGAUUUGGUGCUGUACUGUUUCUCCGUUACAUCCGGUAAACUGGAAAGGACACUGAACGUUCACGAGAAGGACGUGAUCGGAUUGACACACCAUCCGCAUCAAAACCUGUUGGCUACGUACAGCGAAGAUGGGUUGCUGAAAAUGUGGAAACCUUAGAUUGGUUAAGCUAGACUAGGACUUCUAAUACAAACUAUUGCUUGUAGGAAUGCUAUUUGAUAAUAUACGGACUGUGUGAGUGAAAAAAAUGCGUUCGCUUCGUUAUCGAAA